UCUCGGCCUUCAAGUCCCUUGUUCAUCAUCUAUAACUUAAAACCAAACACCCCCCAAUCCAAAACCUCAAAAAAAUCAACCCACUUCGCACACCCCGCACGUAAGGCCUUCCGAACAUCGACACCCACGAAAAUGUCCUCCUACGGCUACAACAACACCCCUCAGAUCCAGCAAACCAAUCAAAUGCCCACAGCCGCCGACGACCGCGCGCGCUCAGUAGAAUACCUUUGCGGCGACUGUGACAGCACGGUAGCACUAAAGCGCGGAGAGCCGAUUCGGUGCAGGAGCUGUGGUCAUCGUGUGCUGUAUAAACAGAGGACGAACCGUAUGGUCCAGUUCGAGGCGCGAUGAGCAAGCAUUCCUUCAGAUGUAUUGCAGGGAGAUACGGUACCCCUAGUAUGCGGCAGCCGGAGUACGAUCUCGCACCAAGCAGCGAUAUCGAUAAAAACUAGGUCAUUUCAAGUUGGAGACAUGGGGUACAAUUUUCUCGGCGGAACCUGAUAUAGAGUUUCCAAGGCUGAACUUUAAUAAGUCUACAUCUAUUAUUGGCAUGAGUGGGCGACAUUUUUUAGAUUGCAAUCUCUGUGCAUAGCGGUGGGUACAAAUCAAGAUCACACUGCACACACAUGC